AUGGAGCGCCGUUCUUUCGGGGACCCGGGCACCCGCGGAGGGCCGGAGCGCGCCGGGCUGGUGUCCUGGCAACCCCGGAAUGCGCCUCCGCGCGGGAAGCCGGCGGCCCCGCUGCGCUCUUGCCCUCCGCUCGGGUUCCUUGCCCGCCAGGCGCCCGGCAGUUCCGCCGCCGGUUGGUGGCGUUCAUCUCGCCGCAUUCUCGGUGGACCGGGUGGAAGCCCUGGAGGUGGAAAGGGAAGGAGCACCUGCCGCGGGCGGGGGCAAGAGCCCUGUAGCAGAGAGCUGGAGAAGGUUCAAGAGAAAGGAGACUCUGACCUGACCACGGUGGAGAGGAGAUACAGUACUAAACACAGUGAUUUUCCGGAAUCUAAGGGAUGCUUUGCUAACACGACAUCCUCUGGCAGAAAGGUCAGCCCCUCAUCUUCUGUUGAAACAUGUCUUAGUGUGAGUGAGCCUCCAGGCCUCUGCAAAGUGUCUGUUCACCUAGACCUGGCUGCAGAUUUGGGUCUGAAAUCCUCCUCCGCACAUUCUGAUCACUCCUCUGAAACCUCAUUGCCUGACGUCCCAAAGCAUAAAUAUCCUGAGGAGUUCAGCCUGCUUAAAUUGCAGACAAAAGAUGGGCAACGUCCCGAAUGGACAUUUUACCCGAGAUUUAUUAACAAUAUCCACACCUACCAUGUUGGAAAGCAGUGUUUCUUUAACGGGGUCUUCCUCGGCAACAGGAGGUCUCUGUCAGAGAGAAUGGUGGACAAGUGCUUUGGGAGGAAGAAAUAUGAUAUUGAUCCUAGGAAUGGAAUACCAAAGUUAACUCCAGGAGAUAAUCCAUAUAUGUACCCAGAACAGAGUAAAGACUUCCACAAAGCAGGAUCAACUCUCCCACCAGUGAAUUUCUCCAUAGUGCCUUAUGAAAAGAAAUAUGAUACUUUUAUUCCACUUGAGCCUCUUCCACAAAUUCCUACCUUGCCUUUCUGGGUGAAGGAGAAGGCCAACAGGCUGCAGAAUGAGAUAAGAGAGGUUGAGGAGCUUGACAAUUGGCAACCAGCAUCCUCCUUGAUGCACGGUUUACUCCUUCCUGGUUCUUUGGAUUCUGCAAGACAAUCCUGAACAGAAACAGGCCCACAGAGCAUGUACUGACUGUAGUCUGGAGAGCCUCUUUCAAUUGAUUGCUUCUGUCAGUGUGACUGCUCUAAAUCAAAUGUUCGACUUUGAUGACUAAUCACUGUGCUUUGCUCUUUUUAACUUUAUAUUUUUGAAAAACUUUCAAACUUUACAGAAAAGUCGUGAGACUCAUACAAUGAACAAAUACCUACGUAUCCUUCACCCAGAAUCUACAAUUGUUAACAUUUGUCAAACUUUGUGCGUUCUUUCUCUCUCUUUCAUUACUCUUAUUAUUUUGUGGAAUUAUUUGAGAAUGAGUGGCCGACAUCAUAACCCGUUACUCCUACAUACUAUAUACUUCAAUAUGUAUCUCCUGAGAUCAAGGAUCUUCUCCAACAGUUGCAAUACAAAUACUGAAUUGAGGGAACUUAACAUUGAUGCAAUUCUGCUGGUAGAUAGCCCACCUUCAGUUUUAUUCAGUUAAAUUUAGUUUUCGAAGGAUGCUCUCAAAUCAAUGGCAAAAUGCAGACACGGAGCUUUCAUUAAUUUGGUAAAAUUGUUCUCAUUUUAUUAAUACUAUUUGAGAUUUUCUCUACUAUUCACUUGGUACAUGUUGGAAAAAUGUGAAGGCUAGAUCUGCACAGGUAAUUCAUACCACUGUCCUGCAACUCCAUUCCCCAUUUCUGCAGGAUUUGUCCACCCAGCCACGCAGGACUAAAGCUCAAUGAGGCCCCAGUCUUGAGUCUUAAGGCCUUUCAUCAAUCAGGCAAGAAGCAAAUAUUUGGAGAAAAAAUGGGAAUAAGA